AUGCCUUACGUUACGUGGAUGAGAACAUCUACAGAACCUUCGCCCAAGCAAACAACGGACGUGUGGCAGGUGUCGCGAUUAAAUACUGAACAAGACAAAUCAACAGUCUACAACGCCGAAACAGCUACAAUCAACGAAUACGCCACCUUCAGUGACCUCCUCCUGGACCUAGGGUUCCAGUACAAAGACAAGCAUGACGUAUGGGAAGACGAGGAACUGGAAGCAGCAAACGAAGAUCCAAGCCAUACGCAUUCGCCAAAAGAACAAUUCGCCUGUAACUCUGUUGGCUAUCGAUCACCCUCAGAUAUGGUUCCUCGGCCAACCGAGCCCAACAAGGUCUCUUACACCGGGUUUCCCGACAUCGUCCAGCUGCUGGCUCACUCGACCGGGUUCGCGGCCCUCUCUUCGACGGGGGAGGUGUACACGUGGGGCGAUGAGAGAUAUGAAGGAUGCUUGGGGAGGGAGGUUACUGAUGAGUGUCCAGCCUACUACCCCCUCCCCGUCCCCCUCCUCUCCAACCUCCCCACCGGUCCCAUCCGGCACCUCUCCAUCGGCCACACCUCCUCCAUGCUCGCCUGCCUGACAGCCGGCAACGACCUCUACGUCUGGGGCGAUCCCAGGCGUUUACCCGCUUCUCUCCAAACCCUCUUCUUCGAACACGACAGCUGCGACAACAACUUGAACGACCAAGACGGUCCGAUCCCAGUGGUGAUCACCGACACCAAGGGGAACGAGGUGGACGGUAUCGUGGACGUAGCUAUAGGCACGAAUCACAUGAUUGCGCUGACGGACCAGGGGGAGGUGUAUGUGAUUGGGGAGAACUGGUGUGGCCAGCUGGGGCUGGGAGAGGAGAUUGAGUGCGUUAUGAAGUGGGAGAAGGUGCCUUUGUCGCUGGAUGGGAAGGUUGUCAAGUCGGUUGCGGCAGGGCCGUGGACGAGUUUCUUGAUUGUUGGUGAGGACAAGAAGUAA